GCUUGGGAUGGAAACGAAAGCAAACCGUUAUCUGUGCUUCACCGGUGACUGUCUAUAUUAAAGGCACAAGCAACGUCAUGGCCACAGUGCAGUCGACGCUAAUGUUCGCCAUGUGCAUCCUGAUGAUAACAGAACUGAUACUAGCCAGAAAGGACUACUAUGAUAUUUUGGGUGUACCUAAAGAUGCCAGUGAACGUCAGAUCAAGAAGGCUUUUCACAAGCUCGCCAUGAAAUAUCAUCCAGACAAGAAUAAGAGCCCUGAUGCGGAGGUAAAGUUCCGGGAAGUAGCGGAGGCAUAUGAAACGCUGUCAGAUGAGAAAAAGAGGAGAGAGUAUGAUCGGCUUAGACAGAGCGCUUUCUCCAGCGAAGACGUGAAAGGAGGAAACCAGUACUUCCACCAGUCCUUCGACUUUAACUUCGAGGACAUGUUCAGAGACUUCGAUAUCUACAGUCAAAACCGGCACGCACGCCCCAAACGGAACUUCGAGGAGCAUUUCCGAGCUCCCCAGCACGGCCACAACCGCCACAAGAGGCACUUCCAAGGAGCUUUCGGAGCAGGGUUCUUUGAGGAUCUGUCUGAUGACAUGGAGAGAAUGUUUACAUUUGACAGACAUGUCAAGCGGACUGAGAGCAGGUUUCAGGGCAUGGCAAAGCAGCACUGCAGGACUGUGACUCAGAGGAGGGGGAAUAUGGUGACCACCUACACUGACUGUACCUCGUCCUGAGAGCCACGUGACUGCUCACUAGAGUUUACUCCUCACCUAGAGUUAAGCUAAUUUUGUCUGGAUUAGACAUACUAAUUUAUAAACCUGCUGCUGAGAUGAAUGAAGCUCAACGUUGUUUAUAAGUGACUAAGUUAUGAUAAGGAGCACUAUUCGGGAUUUUCAGUUUAUUAACUGACAUUGAUAACCACUUCUUGCAAAAUGUAAAAACAAAACCUCUCCUGUUGUUUGACUACAGUGUAUCAGAUUCAGAUUGGACUUGAUUUGAUGAUUAGUCACCCAUGAUGAUGUGUAAGCUUUCUAUUUUGCCAUUCAGAUCAAAGAAUGCAUAAAAGAAACACUAACAUAAUCAGUUAUUUUCACCUGGACUGUAAUCAGACACAGAGUUUAUAUUGCUGUCUUCUUUAAAUCAUGCUAGCUAUUUAUAAAGGAUUGUUGCGAAAUGCUGACUAAAAGAAAUCUCCACAUAUAAGUGACAGCAUAUAGCUAGUUUUGUAGAUCUGAACACACUAACACGUGGCACACAAUGGAUUGCUUUGGAGAAGAAUUAGUUGUUGUAUUUUUUUCAAUUGCUCGGAAAGUUUAAUACUUGUUAGGUGUCCUUUGCAGUGUGUAUGCAUUGUGAACUAAUGCGUAAGUCCUUUUUGAUGUUAAUCUUACUCCAUCAGAGGUGGACAAAGCAUACAUUUACUUUCUAGCCCACUAUGAAGCUUCAGCGUGCUGCCCAGUCUUGUGUUUUGGUUGUCUGGAAACCUAAUUGACUAGGCUAAGAAGUGCGAUUGUAGCUAACAUAAUAUAAUACCGUAUGACAAGCUAUUUAGCAAGUUAAAUUCAUUAGUACAGGCUAAGAGAAACGAACAACUAUGUGAUUAUGUAGGUGUUCUGCGACCUCAAUAAAAUAAUCAUUGGCCACAAUUUUGGCUUUAAAACAUGGUGUUCUGUUCUCACGUCGAAUGUAAAUGAUCUUACACGUUUCUGGCUAGCGUCUUUAUUUCCUAUCGAAGUGUUUAAUUUGCGAAGUGACUCCAUGUUGUGCUAGCUGGAGAGUUCUAUGUCAUCUUUGUGCUGGAUUUUAUUAUUUACCUGGUAUUCGCGAUUCUAAAAAGAUUAAUGAAAAGAAUUAAUCUGACUAGUAAAACUCUUUCCAUCGUUCGCCAUAUUGCAUUAGGUGGUGUGUGUAGUACAGCAGGUGGUGGUGUUCAAAGCAGCACAUUUUAUAGUAGCAUUGCACCAGUGUGAUGUGCAUUCUGUUUAAACAUGGCCACCUUAAGACAAUAAUAAGUAGGGUUUAUUUAUCUUUUUUUUAUGGUUAUUUACUCGGGGCACGGUGGCUUAGUGGUUAGUACGUUUGCCUCGCACCUCUGGGGUUGCGGGUCCCGCCCCUUCAGGGGUUGCCUCCUGGUACUCCGGUUUCCUCCCCCAGUCCAAAGACAUGUGUUGUAGACUGAUUGGCAUUUGUCCGUAGUGUGUGAUUGUGCACACAAUUGUGCCCUACGAUGGGUUGGCAUCCCGUCCAGGGUGUCCCACGCCUUGUGCCCCGAGUUGGAUAGGUUCCAGGCUCCCGUGCGACCCUGUGUAGGAUAAGCGGUAUGGAAAAUGGACGGAUAGAUGGGUAUUUACUAGACAAUUUUGAAAAAACUACUAGCCCCCAGACACACAAAAUAACAACUGAUUUUUCACGUUGAAUAGUUUUGUUCUUGUGCAAUAUGUUAAAGCCAGCUGUGUUGUUAAUGUCACUGUUUUGAGUUGACUCAUCAAGCACUUCCAUAAAUCCUAUGGUUAGUGGAUAAAUAUAUAAAUAUAACUAUAUAUGAAUGUCUAUAUUCAAAAGCAAACGUUAUGUAUUCUUGGGUGGAAUAAAAUUUGAAAAUGCA